AUGGUCGAGCACGUAGAACACAAUGUUGUUUUCGGAGUAUUUUUAGUGAAUUUUCACCAUUCUAAGGGCCCGGAAGUGGAAUACUCUUAUGGGUUACCGGAAGGCAUGGAAGCCUCAAAAAUAUGGCCAUAUCUGCCGUUUCAAGCUCUUCCAGAUGGCUCGCACUCGUUCGAGGAGACUUUUACGUACUUCACGCUGGUAUACAACGAGACUGAGCGUUGUGGUUCCCCAGUAGAGGGCGCUGCGGCCAUCCCUGCAGAUGAGGUCGACAACUACACCACGUUCUUCGCGAUAUCGUGCUCGCGACAGAUCCGGUCCAAAGAGCUGCUGCAGAAGGGCUGUGAGGUAACGCGUUCAACAGUGCAGAAGGCCAUUGUCGUGGUGGCGCGAAGACCCAUCUUCGGCCAGAUAAAGGACAAACUCAGUAUAGUGACCAAUGCAUACUUUAUGCAGCGAGAUUUCACCAACAAGUCGAUUUUGGAUACUCUUUACGGAAACUUAAGUGCCAUGUACAAACUUUCUGGUGCUACAGACGAGUCGCACAUGUAUGUGGGACUCUGUUUGCGUCGCGUGAUACACGACUUUGGGAAGGAGGUUUUGACCAUCCUAAAGGCGAUCCUUUUAGAGCGUAAAGUUUUAUUUUAUGGCAGUGAUGUCGAGGCAUUGUGCAACGUUCAGUUCGGUUUCAUUGGACUCAUCCCAAAUCUCAUUUCACACUUACAAGACUGUGGCUCACCUAUGCUGCAUAGCUACUUCGACAAUCUAAAAGUCGUGGACUCCUUCAAAUCCAGCGAUCGACAGUCGGUUCUUAAAUUUUUGGGUUUCCCACUUCAAGUUUUCGGUGAUGGAGGCUUGUUUUCGCCGUAUAGUCCGCUUCAACAGCUUGAAGACUUAGACUCUAAAAAAACGACGCAUUUUGUUGCAGGGACGUCAAAUUCCUUGCUCCUAGAACAGAAAGACCAGGUGUGUGAGGUCCUCGUAAACGUGAACACAUUUACAGUAGAGGUUGUCACAGCAGCUCGAGAUUUGCAUGGUGCUUUGCAAUUAACAUCUCACGACAAAAGAUGGAUGGACUCGAUCGUAUCCAUAGUGGCAGAAACCUGGAAUGAAAACGACUUCACAACCCCCAAGAACUUGCAAUUUGAAGGCAGCGAAGAUUUUUUGAGGUGGCAAUUUGAAGAUUAUUUGACAGGUCUGAUAUCUUGCGAAAAACUACACUCUUACCUCGAGAACAACAGGAACAAUGAAAUGGCCAUGAAGUCAAUUUCAGAUGAAUGGGCUUCUUCUAGCCCGAUCGAUUUUUACGGCUCCGUCUGGGUAGAAAAAUGGCGCGAAACGCAGAAUUACAAGGCAUUCAAUCUUUCAACCGAUGAUAGAAUUUUUGACCUCUUCCCGCCAAAACAUGUGUUUAACACGGCAGACACAUCAGCCAGUUUGCAACAGAAAUUAAGCAAAUCAUUUCAGGCCUUUAGACGAAAAGAGUCUACCCUUCAACGCGAUAAACCACAGAGUACUGACAAUAAGGUGGGUACGCCUGAAAACGCUGAUAGUUCAAAACCAAUUCCCAUUACGGAAACUUCACGAGAGAAUGAAUGGACAUCCUGGAAAGACUACUUUGGCAAAAAAAAGAAAGUCAAAGGGCACGAGAACCCUUCGACGCCCAUACCAUCUACGCAUACAAUAAGUUCCGGUUCAACGCACGCGGCCAUUGGAAACGCUCUUCUCAGCUUAGGAUUUCCGCGUACCAUUACUCAAGAGGAUUUCGAGGAGGUGGACACUCCGAGCGGUCAUAGUAAUGAUCAAAGCGAUGCUGAAGAACAAAGUAAAUCUUCUCCAUCCCCGUCUGAGAGACGCGGUGAGCACUCGAUAGAAGAUGUUGAGCCUGGCGCUGACAUCGAAAAAUCAAACGUUUGGGCAGAGUAA